CUAACAACCUAUAUAUAUAGAGCCAACUACUUUAACAAUCUCAUACACAAACCUACUAAAAGUUUGUUCACAUAAAUCCAUAUACACACUUUUCCCUUUUGUUCAUAUAUACUUUAUCUUGUAUAGUUCCUUAGAUUUGAUCUUUCUUUUUGUUUUCUUGAUCUCCUUUCUUGAUCUUUUUUUCAUUUUCCUCAAUGAUCAACAAGUCUAACGAAUUCACUCGCCGGAUUUUGAAUUUUCCGGCUAUUCGUCCUAGUGAAACUGUAUCUUUUUCUAGCCUUGUUACAUCUUUGAUCCAACUAGGCCAAACAAUAUGUGAAUACAAGUCAAAAACUUUCUUUACCAAUAAGAAGAAUGCUCGAAAUUCGAUUCGUUUGAUUGAGGAUAUUCUCAUUGUUCUUAAAGAAAUCCCAAAUGGGGUUUCAAGAUUUGCAUAUUCUAGCAUUUUGAGCUUAUCAGAGAUCCAUUUUAUCUUCCAAAAGUUUCAGUUCUUGUUGGAAGAUUGUAGCAGAGAAGACUCUAGAAUAUGGAUGUUAGCCAAAUCCGAGGAUGUUUCUUGCCAGUUUCAAAUGCUGGCAAGAGCUGUUGCUGUGGCACUUGAUGUUCUUCCUUUAGAUGAAAUGGAUGUUUCUGUUGAAGUUAAAGAAGUGGUGGAGUUUGUGAGAAAUCAAGCUUUUAAGUUGAAGUUUGAUGUGGAAAUGGAUGAUAGGAGAAUGGAGGGGAAUGUUUUGAAGAUUUUGGAUCAACUUGGAGAUGGAAUUAUUCCAGAAUCAAGUGAUCUAAAAAGGGUUCUUGAUUAUUUAGGGAUUAAACAUUGGGGUGAGGGCAAUAGAGAAGUUAAGUUCUUGGAUAAUGAGAUUUUGUUAGAGGGAAAUACAAAGGAGAAAAGAGAUAUGGGGAUUCUUAGUAGCUUAAUGGGGUUCAUGAUUUACUGCAGGGGAACUCUGUUUGAAGUUUUGGAUAAUGCAGCCACUAGACAAAUCAAUGGAGGGAGUACAAAUGGAGAUCAAGUCAUCAGGUUCUUGAAUCUUGAUGAUUUUAGGUGUCCAAUUACUCUUGAAAUCAUGAGUGAUCCAGUGACAAUAGCCUCAGGUCACACGUAUGAUCGGUCUUCGAUCCUCAGAUGGUUUAGAGCUGGAAAUUCCACUUGUCCAAAGACAGGUGAGAGGUUAACGAGCAUUGAUUUGGUUCCUAAUUUGGCUUUGAAGGUGUUGAUCAAACAGUAUCGUUCCGCGAAUGGCGUUCUGUUUGUGGAAACUGCGAGGCGAAAUCGCGAUGCUUUUGAAUCUGCUGCUACAAGUAGUGUGGCUAAUGAGCAGGCUAUGAAGUUGCUUGCAAGUUUUCUAGUAGGCAGGCUAGUUGCUGGAACAUUUGAAAAGCAAAAUAAGGCUGCUUUCGAGAUUCGUUUGCUCACCAAAACAAGCAUUUUUAACAGGUCUUGUUUGGUGGAAGCUGGUGCAAUACCACCUCUUCUGAAUCUUAUUACUUCAAGGGAUUCCUCUUGUCAAGAAAAUGCAAUGGCUGCUUUACUGAACCUCUCAAAGAACACUAAGAGCAAAAGCAUAAUCGUUGGAAAUGGUGGUUUGUUCUUGAUACUUGAUGUGUUGAAGGAAGGGCUAAAGAUGGAAGCUAGACAGCAUGCUGCUGGUACAUUAUUCUACCUUACAUCAGUAGAAGAGUACCGUAAAAUGAUCGGAGAAAAUCCGCAGUUUAUUCCAUCACUUUUGGAGCUGCUAAGAAAUGGCACUGACCGUGGAAAAAAGAAUGCCUUGGUCACCAUUUUUGGCCUCCUAAUGCGACCCGAAAACCACUGGAGAGUAAUUGCUGCUGGAUUAGUCCCCUUGGUGGUUAAUCUGUUGAAAUCUUUCGAAAGGGAAGAUCUCAUUACAGAUUCUUUAGCAGUUUUAUCGACUCUUUCUGAAAGGCUUGAUGGAGCAAUGGCUGUUCUUUAUGCUGGAGCUUUGCCUAUUAUUGUCAAUGUUCUAAAUUCUUGCAAUUCAAGGGCAGCAAAGGAGCACUGUGUCUCAUUGUUGCUGGCUUUGUGUAUCAAUGGUGGGGCAGAUGCAGUUCCUGUUUUAGUAAAGAACUCAUCUGUGAUGGGACCUUUAUAUUCCCUACUCACUGAAGGUAACUCAAAAGCAAGCAAGAAAGCUAGUACACUCAUCAGAUUAUUGCAUGAGUACAAUGAGAAGACCUACUCUUCUGGAUUGAUCACUCCAGUUUUUAUAGAGGAUCAAUUCAUUAAUGUGUGGUAAUUAUUUUUUUAUAAGCAUCCAUCAUGUAUAUAUAUACACCAUGGUGUAGGAUGCUUUAUUUUCCUUGAAUGGUGAUUUGGCUCAAGUUUUUAAGAGCUAGUCACUACACUGCUGCAGCUUCUGUUUUUUGAAUGAAGCUUUUGUAUACUUGUAUCUCUAUAGUUUCUGAUGUUAAUGUGAAUUGUUGUUAUGUAAACAUCAAUCCUUGUACUCUUCAAGUGAAUAAGAAAUCUUGUACUCUUGGACUACUUGUUUUA